AUGGGCGAUACUGAACCUUCAGUUGUCUCGAAGCAUCUGUUGGGAAAGGAGCUUCUACUCAAGAUGGCUGCAGUUGUAUCAGGUGGCGGGUCUACCAGCUACCUCUCCCAGGUGGUAAUGCAGAUGGUGCUAUUGGUCCUCCUAACUGCGGGCAGAGCGAGGGCCGAUGCACCUAUCGUAAUGGGCGUGCAACUGUUUGUCAAUAACACGCCCACGGAGGUGUUGGAUACCACUGAGAAGGAGACGUUAGUAGUGAGUUUCCAGUUGGAUGCCCUGCCUGAGGACGCGUCUGGGCUGGUGGUUGUACAGGAGAACAGCGCCGACAGUUUCGGACACGUGAAAAUAUGGCCGGAUAGCUUCCCCUUAAAGGAAAUGGAGGGUGAUCUAACGGACACAUUCAACAUGACGGGGACUUUCCUCGGGUUUUCGAAGCUUCAGUUCCUGUUGGUGGCUCCCGAUGGAGAGCUACGGGCGCUGAGCAAUGAGACUAAUGUUAUGGUCCAGCGCGCAGACAAACUUCACGACCAGAUCUUCACAGCAGCCAUGAUAAUUUUAGUGGCCAUCGCUUAUAUCAACAUGGGAUGUGCCAUUGACUUGGAAAUCAUUAAAAAGACACUGAAAAAGCCUGUGGCGCCGGCUAUAGGCCUAGCAUCGCAGUAUUUAUUUAUGCCUCUGACGUCUUACACGCUGGGAUACUUUCUGUUCAGUGACUCCCCUGCGCUGUGGCUUGGGCUCUUUAUCAUCGGCUGCUCUCCUGGCGGCGGAGGCUCCAACGUCUGGACGUACAUGCUGGGCGGUUCCCUUGACCUCUCCGUCACCAUGACCUUCGUGUCCACCGUAGUUGCUUUCGGGGCCUUGCCUAUGUGGGUGUACAUGCUCGCCAGCACCAUUUUCCAAGACGGCAACUUCGACUACAUUCCGUACUCGAAGAUGGCGCUGAUGGUGGUGGGGCUGGUGCUGCCGUGCGCCGUCGGGGUCGUCCUGAAGAAGAUGCUGCCGAAGGUGGCCAAGGUGCUCGAGAAACUGCUUACGCCCGUGGCUGUUAUCUUCAUCAUCUUCGCCAGCACCUUCGGCGUCUACGUCAAUUUUUAUAUUUUCUAUUACUUCACUUGGAAGGUGGCGGUAGUAGGCAUGGCUCUUCCCUGGCUGGGGUUCCUGUUCGGCGGAGUGAUGUCCGUUCUGUGCAAAAGGCAACUCACGGAGGUGGUCGCCGUCAGUAUCGAAACGGGCAUUCAGAACACCGGCCUUGCUAUAGGAGUCAUUAAGUUCGCCCUCCAGAAAUUCUCUCCUUUGGGCGACAUCACCGUCGUGGUGCCAGUUGCGGUGGCCACGCUCACCCCGAUCCCGCUCCUGUUGGCGUACCUGUUCAAGCGACUGUACGAACGGCGCCGCAGGUCCAAGCUCGAGGGCAUUGAUGGGCCUUGUGAGAAUCCCGAUGAUCCCACGGCGUCUCCCUCCUCCUCCAACCUGAAGAUGACGCCGGCGAACUCACAGACGCCGCUUAGUAGAGACCUAAAGAAGUAGGGCCUCUGCCCAUCAAAGACGCGCGGAGGGAGUGUGGUUGUUUGUCCUCUUGUUCCCUCAUUGUGUUUUUAUUUAUGCCUUUUUUAAGGAAAUAAAGAUAUAUGUGAUCGAGUAUCCGUGAGGUAUUCAUAAGAAUGUGUUAAAGUGCGUGUAAAGUAUGUGUGAAAGUGUAGCAUCAUUUUAAUUCAUGGAGGUUAUACUAUAUAUACGAGAGAUCACAAGAGACUGUCCACUUCAUGUGACUGCAAGAGACUAGGUGGCUCAUUUUAGCCUAUGAUUCAGUCAAGCCUUUAUACUCCUGUAGUAGAAACGUUUAUAUAUAUGUGAUACCAGUAUAUAUGGAU